UAUAUUUGUUUUUGCAAAUAAAUGCACACCCUGAACGGAGCCAUUGUUGAAGGGCCACAUAAGGUCAAUGGUCGUGACCUUCCCAUGUCAACACUUUUUCUUGGAUGUACAUCCUCCUUAAACAUCAUUACUGAGAGCAGUCAGAAGCCCCAUUGGCUUUUUCACUGUGCAAUCUUGACUUUCCACACCCGUCCUUUUCUUCCCAGCGACCUCACAGUGUAGAACGAUGCUCUCCGGCUGUGUUCAUGUCAUAUCUGUUACCCAUCUGCUGGUGGAAAGCGGAGCUCGGUAAAACUGUGCGCUGUAGAUAAACUGAUCCUCAAUCUGUGCCACCCGGCAUCUCUCACCCUCACUUUGCUGUGACCUUGCAGCCCGUCCCUCUCGUGGCAUUGCCUUACAGUGGAUCAGCAACACACUAUCCCAGAGAAAAACACAAAAGACACAAACAUUGUCUUUGUGACACACAUUCUGUGCAUAUUUUCACUAACCCGGACACACACACAACACACAGGGAAACUCUCACCGAGGCCUGCCCCCCACACACACAUACCAAUCACAGAGUGCUUUGUGCAUUCAGUGACUGGCUGGGCAGCUACUGGAGAGAGAGAGAGAGAGAGAGAGACAGAGAGAGAGAGAGAGAGAGAGAGAGAGAGAGAGAGAGAGAGAGAGAGACUGGUGGGAGGGGGAAGAUGGAGACAGCAGCAAGAGACAGAAAUAUUACAAAGAGAAGCAGACAGAGAUGAGAUAAGGCUUGCAGGGGGGACAGUAGAGACACAUCCAGUCAAUGUUAACUGGUGGAAAGACAGAGUGAGAGGGGCAGGAAAGGGAAUACAGAAAUAGGAAGGGAACCGGGGCUUGUCCAGCAGAGAGGAAGAGAGUGAGUUGUUGUUAAAGAGGCUGAGGGGAACUGAUGGGAUGGCAUUGAUCUCUGGGAGCUGCCGGCUCCUGGGCCAGAUGGCGUCUUGUUGCUGCAGACCGCUCCUCAACUCUUCCUGUUGUGGACCGCUCAUCAAAGUCUGCCUCUCCUCCUUCACAGAUAUCUCUCCCGCAGAGCUGGAUGCUCUUUGGAGGGAGCCACCGUAUACUCUAAAUGAACACUUCUCAGGAAAUGACAACAUGACUCAAGGAGCCUGUGAAGAGGAGGACGGACCUCUCGUGGAGUCAGGUGAAGGUGGAGUGGAGGCUGAUAGCUACUGGAAGAAGAAAGAGGCCUUUCUUCGAGGAAGCAAUGUGUCAUUGGGAGAGAAAUUCUCUUCAGAAAUCGUGCUGUUGUUCACGGGGCGGAGGCGCUCCAGUGUGGAUCCUGACCGGGCCCUACAGGAGGCGCUGCGCACCCGACUCCGAGUGGUGGAGAGCAACAGCCAGGACGUCAUACAGCUCUUUAAAGACUUGUCUGCACGCCUGGUCUCUGUCCAUGCUGAGAAGGAUAGCUUUGUACUCACAUUCAAGACUGUGGAGGAAAUCUGGAAGUUUUCAACUUACUUAUCAUUAGGUUAUGUGGCUCGUUGCUUGGAGAACUUCCUGUGUGAUCAAUCAGUCUGGCUGGACCCAGAGCUGCUUAGUGACUUGGAGAUCAAUGUAACAGUGGAUGAGGAACAUCUGGCCACCCUUUACCUGGGACUUUUACUCCAGGAAGGUUCUUUCUUUGCCAAGGCGCUGUUUACAAGAAGCGAGCAGGAUGAGUACGACGAAGAACAACUGUCAUUCAAAAAGAACGACCUGCUGAUGGUGAAGGACACCGGGCAGGACAACAUGUGGGAGGGCACCAUGCUCUCCACGGGAAAUCAUGGUCUGGUGCCAGUAAACGCCAUGCAGCCGCUGCCCUACCCCUUCUACCAGUGGUUCCUGAGGAAGUACCCAGGCCAUGCUGGAUGCUCAUUGACAGACAAGGAACCGUUUGAACAUUCUAUUGUGACAGGUUCAUGUGUAGCCACAGUCGACUACAGUCCAGGUGCCCCAGAUGAGCUCCAGUUGAGCCAAGGUGAUACUGUAGAGAUCCAGGGUCUGCUGCUCCGAAGCCUGGACAUUUUCAUAGGCAGACACGCUUCCACAGGACACACUGGCUUUGUACACAAGGCCCACGUCAAGCCUCUGAACACCUCACCCCUAGAUGAACAACUGCUCUUUCUGACAGAGGAGGAGAAGGCCAGCCUGGGUCAAGUUAACCCAUGUGGCUCUGAGCUGAUUGACAGCAGCCUGCUGGAAAGACUCUUCCCGUCUGAAAUCAGCUCCGUGUACAGGCUAGAUAGACUGGAUGACAGCGAUUUCAUGUACGUCAGGAGUCGACCUAAACAUGAUCAUAAGAUUCUUACAAGCGCCCGUCAGAGUGUCAUGUCAGAGAGAAGUGGAGGGACGCCCCCAUACCAGUCGUCCCCUCGGCCGUCUGUCUCUCAGUCCUCCCCUCGUGUGUCCGUCUAUCACUCUCACAAUCCUCUGCCGAGAGAGGGAGAGCGGCUAUCCUUCACUCUGGACGACACAUUCAGAGAACUGGACGAAUUCCAAGAAGAUCCUCCUCUUUUCUUGGAAGAGAACAGCUGGGAUGGGGAGGAGUCCGAGCUCAGUGAUCCAACACUGACCCUGCUCAAUCACGAACACUUCCAGGAGGAAUUUCUGCCUCUGUACGACCUACAGUAUUCCUUCUUGUGGGUGACCUUUAGCGGUAAGACAGAGGACGAGCUGUCAGGACACCUUGAGAGUGUCAGGGAGUGUGCCAAGAGACUGGGCAUGCAUUGGGCGCAUCGACGGGCAUGCUUUCUCCUGGGAAGACUGUGUGCCAGGAAGGUCAAGUUCUCCCAGGCACGUGUUUACUACGAGGAAGCUCUGAGCGUCUGCGUGGAGAGUUUCUCUGACACGCCGCUCCUCAUCGCUCUCGUCACAAACCUCACUGCCGUCUACCUGAAGCAACGCAUGACUGACAAACUGCCCCAGACUCUGGAGAAGGCCAGCGCCCUGCUCCUCUGUCUCCCCUGCCACUCCUUCUCGUCCACAGAUGAAGUUGAACUCCUGAAGCUCCUCAUGAGGAGAUCAGUGGUGAUGGUGGACAAACACCUGGAGGCUCGCGUCUGCUACCUCAUCUCCAGCCUCUUCCUGCUUCUCAGGAAGACUGAUGAUGCUCUUCCCUUUGUCGAGCGACUCCAGUUUCUCUCAGUGACUCUCUCUGCCACCGAGGGUCGGCCCAUAGCUCCAGUGGACCUCAACUGGCUCUUGAGCUGGCUCUAUCAUCGUAAAUACAUGCCUUACUUAGCGCUGGCUUCUCUGAGCCUGGAUUCAAGACAAGACCACUCCCUCCACAAUGUCUUCCAGAGGAUUGACUUGUUUAUCAGGAACUCUGUUCGUCUGAACCCGUGCUGGAAGGAAGGGACCUCCCUGCUUCCAGCUCAGAUUGUUGUUUACCUGCAGCAGGCCCUGGCUGUAGCUGAGCAGGUGGAUGAUAAAAAGACCCAGAGGGAUCUGUGCUUGGGCUUGGCCUCAAUUUACCAGCAGUACGGUGCUCUGGAUAAAGCAGUGUGCUGUGCUCAACAAGCUGUGGAGACGGGAGGCCACAUCAAUGAGGAGGAGGGCUUCGAGGCGUCUGUGCUGCUUGGGUGGCUGCUGGUGUUAACGGGUCAGGCUGAGAAGGCCCAGAGUCUCCUAGAACCACUGCUCACAUCACUACAGGGCACUGACUGUCCUACUCAGCGAGGUGUGAUCCAUAACCUCUUGGCUUUGUGUCUGAGGCAUCAAAGUCGCAUCCCAGAAGCAGGCUGGCAUUUCCACUCUGCUUUGGUAAUCUCCAGAGAAAGUGGAAACCAGAGGAAUCAGGCCCUGGCACUGGCCAACCUGGGCUGUCUGGCACUGGUUGUGGGAGCAUCUUGGGUUGCAGAACGCUUCCUUGUCAGAUCCCUGUGCCUUUUUCUGGAGCUGUGGGAAAGCCCGACAGACGAGGAGCAUGUCCAGACCUACCUUUGGCUCGGGCGGAGCUACAAGGACAGGGGAAGGAGUCAGGACAUCAGGGCUUGUUAUGAGAUGGGAUUUCUAAUUGCACUACACGCCAGAAACUUGCACAGUCAGAUGGUGGUUGCCAAGGUGCUAAGCCGGCUGUACGCCGACAUGCUGCUCUAUGGUCAGAGUAUCGUCUACUACGAGCACUGUGUGCUGGUAUCUAGAGAGCUGAAGGACAAGAGACUAGAGGGAGAGUAUCUGGAAAUCCUCAGCAGCCUCUACCUCUCGCUCAAUACCGAGAAAUCGUCUCGCAAGUCUCUUGACUACACCAAGCAGAGCCUGAGGAUUUCUAUUGAUUUGGGCAAGAGAGAGGAAGAGUCAGAGACCUGGCUACAGGUGGGACGCAUCUAUUAUCUCAUCCAGGAGGACGAGCUGGCUGACAUGUACCUGCAGGCAGCAGUGAAGACAGCCCUGAGGAUGAAUGAUUCCUACUUUGCUCUGAGCAUCUAUGAGGAGGCAGGAGAUGUCUACUUUAAAGGCCACAGGAACCGCAUGGCCUCACUGCCUUUCUACAGGGAUGGCAGUUUGCCAUUUGCACGGAGCAUCAAAGACGUCCACUCAGAGUUCCGUUUGUUAAGUAAACUGACGGAGCUGUUGAUGAAUCAAGGAGAGCAGGAGGAGGCUCUGCAGUACGCAACGCUGGCUGUUCAGAUCGCCAGCAAAACAGGAGUGCGGGAGAAUGAGCGGACAGCUUACCAUCGUCUGGCUACAAUUUACUACAGCCUGCAGCAGUAUGAGAUGGCAGAAAACUACUACCUGAAGUGUCUGUCUCUGUGUCCACCUGUCCUGCAGCACCCCGUGGAGGCUCGCUACUACACUAAGGUCUACAGUAGACUGGGAAACAUCACGCUGCACAAACUCAAGGAUGCUUUUGAUGCAGUGGGCUACUUCCAGCUGGCUCUGGCGGCAGCACUUGAGGACCAAGCUAACCCCGAGGCUCUGUAUGUGGUGUACAUGAAGUUGGCCGAGAUCCAUGGCAACCACAUGCCCGACGCUCAGCUGUGCCAAGUUUACAGAGACAGAGCCCAGAGUCUGAAGAGAGUUUUGGCUGGAGUGGAAAGCGCUGCUGUUGGAGAGGAAAACGUGGAUUCUGCAGACACAGAGUCUGGCCAAAAGAAGGAAAAGAACUUGGAUGCUGAUAUGGGACAUACAGAAAUUCCACUUAAGAGAAAUGGCAUUUUUGAUUCCGUACCUAAAGAUGCAAAGUGUGAAGAUGACCCACCUUUAAGAACUUGUACAACCCAUGUUAACUCAAAGCACAGAUCAGACACUAAUCUCAGAGAUGCCAAUGUGAAAGAAGAUCACAAUCACUAUCUCUCCGACACAGACAGUCCUUAUCCGGAUGUGUUUGCCUCUGAGACAGAAACCAUUGCCAGUCGGUCAUACAGUGACAGUAUUUUCACUGAGUCUUUUGAUACAGCUAAGGAGCAGAUCUCAGACUCCAGCAGCUCCACUGAGACUUUACAAACUCACCAAAAUGCAACAGAUGGGAAAGACUUUGACACUGGCCACAGCAUGAACAGUCAAAUACCUGUUAAUCACACUAGUGACAUGACAGGACAUGCAGAUGCCAGAGACACUGAUUCUGAUAUUCAGGACAAACAAAACACUCCGACAACAGAGACAGAGCCUCAUACAGAUCGACUUUAAAAGGAGCCUGAUGUUGACUAAACUAAAUGGAUGAAGCUAAGCGAGGACAGCAUUCUCAAAUACACAGGAAAAGAUGUUUCUGAGACACACAGCAAACACACAGACGUCAACAAGUAGUCUUCCAGUGGCACUUUAUGUAUGUUUUUCACUGACAUUUUCUUCAUCUGGCCACAUCUCUGUUGGCCAGCAAACUGGUUGCAGCGUUCCAGCCUCUCAUUAUGGCACUAAUUGUAUGAAAGAUGAUGUUAAUAUUGUAAAGCUAUCAAAGAGUUAGUUGAUUCAAAGCAUGUGCCUUAUCUGUAAUAUACACUGUGGUAAUUAUAGUGCACUGUGCUUGUAAUAUAUGUUUUCUACAUUUUGUAUCUCUGGUAGAUAUGACAGAAACAUAAAAGCAAAAUUAUUUUUA